GCUAGCGACGCUAGACGCAGUAGGUGCAGUACUCCAUGGUCCGUAGUUUUUCAAGAUGUCGUCGCUGGAACAGAGACUCUCCCGGAUCGAGGAGAAACUAAAACAGGAGAAUAAGGAGGCUCGCCGACGUAUCGACCUUAACAUCGACAUGAGUCCUCAGCGUUCGCGUCCAAGGCCAAUCAUCGUGAUCCAGCUCAGUCCCGCUCCAGCCCCUUCUCAGCGUGCAGCUCUACAGCUCCCCCUUGCAAACGACGGAGGGAGCCGCUCGUCAUCAUCGGAGAACUCACCCCAGCACCAUGCGUACCCCAGCCGGCCUCGUCACAUGCUGACCCUGCCGACCCCGCCUUACAGCCUACAAAAGAGCCUGGAGAAUGCUGAGAUCGACCAGAAGCUCCAAGAGAUCAUGAAGCAGACAGGGUACCUGAAGAUAGAUGGGCAGCGGUACCCGGCGGAGGUGAGCGACCUGAUCAACGAGGGUGAGAUCGGCAGUGGCACCUGUGGUCAGGUCUUCAAAGUGCGCUUUAAGAAGACGGGUCAUGUGAUCGCUGUGAAGCAAAUGCGAAGGACGGGCAACAAGGACGAGAACAAGAGGAUCCUGAUGGAUCUGGACGUCGUCCUGAAGAGUCAUGACUGUCCAUACAUCAUCCAGUGCUACGGCGCCAUAGUGACCAAUACUGACGUGUUCAUCGCCAUGGAGCUGAUGGGCACGUGUGCCGAGAAGCUGAAGAAAAGGAUCCAGGGUCCAAUUCCUGAGCGCAUUCUGGGCAAGAUGACUGUUGCAAUUGUGAAGGCGCUGCUGUACCUCAAGGAGAAGCAUGGCGUGAUCCACAGAGACGUCAAGCCAUCCAACAUCCUGCUAGACGCUAAGGGUCAGAUCAAGCUGUGCGAUUUCGGCAUCAGUGGUCGCCUGGUGGACUCCAAGGCCAAGACCCGCAGCGCUGGCUGCGCUGCCUACAUGGCUCCUGAGAGAAUAGACCCUCCUGACCCCAGUAAGCCCGACUAUGACAUCAGGGCGGAUGUCUGGAGCCUGGGGAUCUCUUUGGUGGAGCUGGCCACGGGGCAGUUCCCCUACAAGAACUGUAAGACGGACUUCGAGGUGCUGACCAAAGUGCUGCAGGAGGACCCUCCGCUGCUCCCGCUCAGCAUGGGCUUUUCCCUCGACUUCCAGUCCUUCGUCAAAGACUGCCUCACGAAGGAUCACAGAAAAAGGCCAAAAUAUCACAAGCUGCUUGAGCACAGCUUCAUCCGACGCUACGAGGUCCAGGAAGUGGACGUGGCAGGCUGGUUCCAGGGGGUGAUGGAGCGCACCGAGUCGCCACGCAGCAGCCAGUGUUACAGCCCGCAUCAGCUGCAGUCCCUCUUCAGCAGGUAGCUGGAGAAGCCAGGCGGGGGAGCAGGCGAGCAAACAAGCUGGAGGACUGGAGGACCGAGGCCCAGAGGGGGAGGGGUGGGGAAGGAGGGGUGAGGGGGCGUUCCUGGUGUCUCCCGAAUGACAGACAGACAAGCAGAUGCUGGUCUCCAGUCAGUGCUGGAACAGAUGGGCAGACAGGUGAAACUCUAGAAUGCUAGCGGCUUCCUGAUUGGCUGGUGAAGCUCUCGAAUGCUAGGGGCUUCCUGAUUGGCUGACACAGCUCUCGCUCAGUGGUGCUCACCUGCCAGUGUAGCCUAACCCUAACACACACACAGACACAGUCAGUAAUGCCCGGUUUGACCUGGUUUUAUUAUAGCCCCAUCUCAUUCUGUAAAAAGUCGGACGCACUGUAAGGGGCUGGAGCCGCACUGCAGUGACUCCGUGCCUCAGAUGGGUGACUGCGGAGAAAAAGCCACCUGUAUACUGUCCAGAAGGCACAUUCGCUCGGUCGCUCCUGCAGGAUCGUGGCACACCGUAGCUAUAGGUAGAGCUCAGCUAUUGUAAACACAGCAUGCAUGGCUAUGGAGGGGGGGGGCUUGUAGGACACACAAUAUGCGGGCAGUCUGCUGAAGCUAGUGCAGUGUUGGACUAAGUAGCUCUGUAGGUCAGAUUUCAGUGUAUUGUUCUGGGGGGGAAGAAUUUUGUGCCCCUGGCGUGACCCAAGUCAGAUCGUGGGUAACGUUAACUCAUCACUAAAGGCUUUAACCUGACUCAGGCUAGUCUUUUAGCCUUCAUCGUGCUAUCCAAGGAACUAAAGGGACUCUGCUUGGUUUUGGAAGGUGUGGAGUCGUUUGGGGAGCUGCUCGGUGGACGGGUAGGGGGGUGGGGGGUGUACAUGAAGAGAGGGGGCAGCGUAGGACCCGCGGCCGCUCCCUCACGAGAGACAAGGACACGGGAUGUGGUGAGAAGAGCGUAGCCUCCUGCAGGGGUGUUGGAGGGCGACGCGAAGUGGUGCGAAUGCAGUGCCUAACCAUCCUGUGGCAAAGAAAUGUGGGAAAGGUGAAGAAGGAGAGCCAGCUUACGUGGGACAUUCCCCCGGUCUCCUCGUCCUGGUCACGGCGUCAACAGAGUCAAAGAGCGGCAACACUACACAUCACGUCCGCCUACGUUCGGUCAGGCCAUGACACGAGCUAAGGCAAAGCCGCCUUUGAUAUCUGUUGCGCCAAACCGCCAGUGCGGAGGUGGGAAAACCCCAGAAGGAGAAGGGCAUGGGGGAGGGGGGGGGGGGGGGUUCUUAAAGAGGAUCUAGUAAGUCGUUCAGAUGGAGACCUUCAGAUGGUAGAAGAUGGGAGUGAGGACCGUUACCGUGGGCAUAGUGAGCUUGGAGGAUGAAGCAGCAGGGGGUGUGAUGCCAAGGAGGACAAUAGGAAGUGAGAUGAUGAUAGCAAGGAAGUGCAGGAGGAGGUGGGCUGAGAUCCAGCAAGGGUCGAUGGGUUUGGGGAGGAGCUAGGUGGUGGGACGUAGGGCCAGAAUGGAGGCGUGUCCUGAGACGUCUGCGCUGGGAGACCUCAGACUCGGCCUGUUUUUAUGGUGUUUUACUGAAUUGGCUGAUAGAGUGGAGCAGAAUACACUGCUGCCAUUAUUAUUGUUGAUGUUGUCGUUCUUAUUAUUUAUCUUGUCAACGCUGCUACUAUUGAUUUAGACGCUGCUGUCUUGGUCUCGUCCCCAAAGGAUGAUUUUAAUUUAUUAUUAUUUUUUAAAGCCAAAUAAGUGACGUAAUGCAAAGUGAACACAAAGACCAAAUAUGGACGAAUACACUUGAUACUGGCAAUGAUGACUCAAAGGGUCAGAUUAAAGGGGGGGGGGAUGCAGGGGGCGUGAGGCCUAGCUGAUCUCUAUACCCAUGAUUACUGUAAGAUUAUGUUCAACUUAAUGCUUAAACACUGCAGUUUUGGUAAGCCUGCCUGCCUGUUGACUGUAACGAAAUUGAACAGGGUGGCUCCUGCAGUUUGCUUUUAUUAGCUCUGGGGGGGUGGGCCAGAGAUCUAUUGGAAAGCUUUAAAUCACAAGCCACGUUCAUAACUGGACUCUUGUCUCCUGACGUAGGUGCAGCAGUGAUUAAUGGGUAACAAGCUGUGCUCAGAGCUCACUUUUAAUUUAAGCCCACAUACAUUUUCGCCAUGCAGCGGUUGACAUCUGUGAAUUGGCUCACAUCAGCCGCACAUCUUUAACUGUCAAACAGCGCCCUCUUGUGUCAGACUGCUAAAUGGCAUUUAGCGCAAGUGCUGCUAACCAUUUUAUGCCUCGCAUAAAUUUAGCUAUGAACCGGAAACUUGCCGCUUUCUCAUUUACUGCAGUCUUCACUACAGCAUUUUGGCGGAACGGAGCGGCAAUUAUAGCAGCAACGUGACUCUCGCGCAAAGUGGCCUUCUGCAGCUGGAAGCCAGGCUCGCUGCGGUGCUCAAACUUACUGGCCAGCCGAGGCUUCUGCUCGCCGCCAUGGCGCAACCUGCACCCGGUCUCCUCUGGGUUUAUUGCCCGUGAAUGACCAGGAAGCUGGAACGGUGCGUGACAGUCAGCCAGUCUUUUUGCCUGCCCGCCUGUCUGUCUGUCCGUCUGCCUGUCUGUCUGUUACCUUCUGUCUGAAUGGGCCUCCGGAAAUAGUACUCUAGAUGCGGGAGAACAUGGUGACGUGCACACCAAAGGUGUCGACAAAAACAGAUACAAAAAAAAUCGUUAUAAUUACAGUGAUUAUGUAUAUGGAUGUAUAAUCUAUAGCUAGUGAUGAGGGAGGGGCUGUGUAAGCGAGAGCAGCUGUGUUGAGGACGCUGCGAGAUGCCGGAGUCCGUCGCGCUGACGGGGCUGAGCCUUGCCGACCCGAAACAUGCAGAACCCCGCAGACAGAUUCUGUUCAUCUUUCAAAGAGCAUUAGUCAGGCGGAGACUUUCUGCACUUUAGCCAAUAGGAUUGUGAUGCUUGUCCCCGGCUGUCGCCAGCGGCUCCGCGCGGCCGUGCUCAUGUCCGGCCUCUCGCCGCGCGCCUCCUCUCACUGCUUGCACUCUGGGCGACUCGCACACGCGUGUACACACGCUCCAGGUCGAUCCUCAUUUAAAACAAAGCUGCUUUGUCUUCUGCCGAGAAAAAAAGGUAUUUUGUGGGUAUUUUCAUUCAUUCGCAGAUGGAGUCAUACCUGACAAAUACGAGUGUUUGUGUGUGUGUGUGUGCGCGCGCGCGCGUGUGUGUCUGCUGUCCUCAAUGCCUGAUCCCCGUGUGUUGCUGCACACGUGUGUCUUUUAUGCGUGUCCGGGGGGGGGGGUGUCGUGCACAUUGAUGGAUUCGUGUGAACACGGGGCAGAGAGCACGCCCCCUCCAGCUGCACCAGUCUCCCCAUGCCCCGUUUGGAGUCCUGCAGCCCAGGGCUCGUGCUGUCCCCCCGCCCCCCACCCCCGACAAACACACACACACACACACACACCUGACACCGAGCUGAUUUUCACGACCCCAUCUGUAAGUAAACCAAAUAUCAUUUUCACUAUGCAGUUACUCAAAUUGGUCAGCUUGCUUUAUGGAAGCCUCUUGUAUAUAUUCAUGCACAGUGAAACUGGAGUUAGUCACAACAGUAUUUAAAUUUAUUAUUAUUAUUGUUUUAUUUUCCCCUCUUAUUGCCCCCCCCCCAAUAUGGUUGAUAUCUUGCCUUCAACUAGUCCACAGACUGUGGCUGGGGGGGGAGAGGCAUUGUGUUUUGGAUGAGCUGACAAAUAUUUAAGGAUUGUACUGGGGGGGGGGGGGUUGAGGGCAGUAGACUGGGUUAGUUUUGGGUAGCUAGUCCAAUGCUGUAAGUAUAUCAAUUGCAUGUUAUUGUCACUGAUGAAACUGCCAUUGAUUUUUAGAAUAUGAUUGGGGGGGGGGGGGCACACAAAACUCUAUUUAUAAUUUUUACGUAUUAUAUAUUCUUUUUUUUUUUUUGAAAAGUUGAAAUGUGGUAAACGACACACUUAUCUCUGUAUGUUGCUGAGGUUUUAAUCUAUUUGCAAUAUAAAGUUUAAUUUUUACUGUAA